CGUCCUUGAGGUCUGGGGGAAAAGCCAACAGCUGUGCGUCUUACCACGACAAUUUGUCGAGCUAUCCUGACUAAGCGCGUUACAUUGUAGCGCCCAUUUAGUAUCAUACACGUCAGUGUGAUGGGCAGUGACGGUUAGCGCGUUUGCGAGCGUAGAUGCGUAGUAGUGGCUGAUCACUCACGGCAAAGGCGAGCGAGUACUCAAAAUGGCAGCAGACAAAAACAUCGAUGACACGCCGGAGCGAGAUCCCGACAGUAAAUUGGAUCCGGCGGAGGAGAGAUCGCAGUAUUUUAAGAAGCUGGAAAAGUGGCUCCAUGAGGUGUACACUUGGCAGAGUGUCGCCGCAAUGUUCCCCUAUUACGUGAUAUCGGGGCAUGUUGUGAAUCCGAUUGCCGCUUCAACACCCUUUCAACCGAAUCAGAUACCCACAGCGCCGACUAGGCCGAUAAUAGGGAAUGCGGAUAGGCAAAACGAGACCUUAAGGCAAAGGAGGCCUCAGGAGUCGCUAGGACCUUUCCAACCGCCAGGAACUGAAGGUUACGAGUAUCGCAUCCCGCCGAUUUGGAAAAGGUUCGCCGCAGAAUUCAUAGAUUCAACGAUGUUGUUUCUCCUGAAGUUCUCUAUUUCGUUUAUCGCGAUUGAUGUCUUCGACUUUAUAGAUCUCGACGAGCUAGAUGUAUUGCAAACGAAUUUACGCAUCGAUUAUAAAAUGGCACUGGAGAUGACUUACGGAAUUCUUAUACUAGAAGUGAUCCAUCGUGUAAUAGUCUGUAUAUUUGAGGCUUUCUGGCUGCAGCACGGCAUCUACGGUUCUAUCGGGGGCGCUACUCCCGGCAAGUACAUGAUGGGCUUGCGGGUAGUCCAGUGUCGAAGUAUAACUCCCGUGGAGCGACCUAACGAGCCGGACGUGGUUCUGGUCACACCCGGGACCGAUUUGGGCCUGCCGCUGGCCCUGGGUCGGUCGGUAGUGAAGAACUUCGUGCUCGCGUUCCUGUUCCCCAUCUGUUUCUCACUGUUCUUCUUCAGGUUCAACAGAACCGGCUACGAUUUGAUAUGUAAUUCCAUUGUUGUGGAGGAUGCCUACAGAAACUCGAACAACAACAGAUUGCAGCAGGAACCUCAUUGAAACAGGGAACUUUGCUCUGCUAUUGUUACACGGAAAUCUGUGAUGUGUAUAUAACGGGUGGCUGUGCUUGUACCUAGGUAUGCGUGAGAAUUCAGUAAACGUGUGCAUGACGUGUAUAUACGUGUAAAAAAGGGGGAAAAAGAAAAAAAAAAAAUAUUACGACCAGAUUACUGCUCUUCCUGAAACUCGCUCUCAUGGUUCAGGAAAGACCGAUUAUAUGAUUAUUUCAUUUUAAAGCGAUUGAUAGUAGAAGAAAGAUGAAGGACCAAGUACAGUCGAAAUCACGAACGACAAACCUGUCGUUAUAAUAAUAAAAUGUUUGUGUUUCAAUUUCUUUUUAGUCACGUUUUCUACAUUAAUUCGCAAUUUUUUAUCUCAUUAUUUAAAAAAUGAUUGUAUUGUUAAUUUUUUCAGCUAUGAAAAAUAUGUGAAAACGAAUCUAAAAAGAAAUUUCUAAUUUUGUAAUUAUUAUAAGCGCGUGUAUGAUGUGUGAAGAGAUUAAUGAAUAAACAGAUAAUUUCUC